AUGUUCAAACGUUCGUUCUCCUCAAAAGACCGGGCAGGCAAGUCCGUCAAGCCGGCAAAGAAGACAUACCGUGAGAACUUGAGAGCCAAAUUGCAGGAAAGCCUAGAUAGUCCACCAGUUGGGAGUACCCUCACGAGCCCUAUAAUCACUCUGGUGGUGGGUGGUGAUAAUCGUCUUUUUGCCGCCCAUGAAGAUAUCCUUUCUGUUUCACCUUUCUUUUUAUCUGCCAUAAGAGAGCAACCUUCCGAUGAUGGCAUGAAACAGAUUGCCCUUCCUGAUGAAGAACCCGAGAUCUUAUCCUGCGUCCUCGAAUUCCUAUACAAGGGGGACUAUUACCCACGCUUGAUGCACAACAAGCGUCGCAACUCCUGGCUGCUCGAGGAUGCGGAGGACUUUUCUAAAACCGGUGGCCGCGGGUCCUGCGAAGCAACAAUCUUCCACCCUGGUGUUAAUGACUAUCUUCUUCGAGACACUGUCAUCUACUGCGCCGCUGAGAAGUAUGGCUUGGAUGAGCUGAAGCGCCUCGCUCUUCGUAAGCAGGGCCUUCAAGCUGGAAUCCCAGUCGAUGUAAUCCUUCGAUCGGCACGGUAUACGUACGAUCACACACCAGACUCAGAAUCGCGGCUCCGAGCUCAUUUUCUAGCACUGAUAAUCCGAAGUCGCAAGACUUUCAAGAGGAGUGGAACCAUGCAGAUGGAGAUGGAGAGCGGCGGUAAAAUGUUUUUCGAUCUGUUCGUGGCAAUGUGCAACCACAUUGAUGAUGUCGUCGAGAUCAGGGUUACUUCUUCUUAUAUGGUGUUCUAUCUUACUAAAACUCCCAUAACUCAUUCACUUACAAACAAACAGCAACAACCGAUCUCCAAAAUUCAUCUGAAGUGA